UCUCUCGAGGCUGCAACACCGAUUCUCACGCUACCAAUCACUGCGACAUUCGCAUUCAACGUCACCCUCUCCUCUGGUCAAACUCACUGCCGUCCUCUUCCACCUUACAUUCCUCCACUUCGCUUGCAUGCUGCACUCGUCAUCGGUCGUUGCAAUGACUUCCCACUUCCCACGCCAUCCUCGCGGCUGGGGAGAAGGAAGGGAGCGGGAUUUCGCCCAUGGAGAGAGCGAAGAGGCUGUGCCGCUCAAACAUCUCCCCCCUACACCGCCCAACUACAGCAGCCACAGUGUAGACAAUCACUCUUCACCAUUCCCAGUGUUCUGCCGCACCUCCCAACGCACACUCUCUCCACUCCAUUCCGCCACCAACCGAUGUAUCACCUUCAACGCCACCACACCACGGAUGUACGACGUUGUGAGACCUUUGCCACAUCCCAUCACUCCUCACUACAAAUGAUUUUCACCACCACUGAAACAUUUCCAAACGAUGCUGCUGCUGCUGAUGAUGAUGAUGAUGAGGAGGAGGAGGAGGAGGAGUGA